GCGGUCUCUCCCAUCUCGCGCUCGCGUCGGCUGUCUCUCGCUCCCCUUCCAUCCUCGGCGGCAGUGCGAGGUACAAUUUGACAGCGACACUGUCUCUGCAAAGAAAGCUUACUUUUCCGUCUUUCUCGUUAUCGCUCUCCUUGUCUCCGGCUACAGAUAGCGGGACAGAGAGAACGGGUUCAUUUGGGGGCUCCUCUGGAAUAAGAAAGCAUUGCUGUUUCUGACAAGGCAGAAGAAAGAUGAGAUUCCUCUGGAUAUCCAAAGAACAGUGAUCUUGUUCUGGAUACCUUACGGGCGUGACCACAUAUUCCAACGGGAUUCCUGAGGAAUUUUACUCUUUCAUGCUGCCGGUCUGAAACAGUCCUGCUGACAGCUUUCUUAUAUGGUUCACUCUCCUGGGAUGGGCGUGACAGGAUGAUCUGUGGAGGAAGGUCUCAGGAGAGAGGAUGUUCUACUGAUUUUCACACAUUUGCCCUCAUACUAUUGAAUCCUUGGGGAAGUUACUGGGGUUCGUACAGGCUGUGAGAGUUUCCUGCAUCUGGGGAGAUCAGAACAGAUUUUGCUCAAAGUGGCCCGUGCUCGCUCGGCCUGCUGGAGGAUGCUGGUGCCAGUCCUUCCCAUCAUGCACUUUGCCAGGCUGCUGCUGCUGAUCCUGGGCCUGCUCGGUCUUACCGCUGCUGAGACGCCGCCGAAGUUCCUGAGAACCCCCAACGACCAGACGGGGGUGCAGGGCGGCGUCGCCUCCUUCAUCUGCCAGGCCGCGGGCGACCCCCGGCCCAAAAUCGUGUGGAACAAGAAGGGGAAGAAAGUCAGCAACCAGCGAUUUGAGGUAGUGAUAGAGUUUGACGACGGCUCCGGCUCGGUGCUCAGAAUUCAGCCGCUGCGAACCCCGCGGGACGAGGCCGUGUACGAAUGCGUGGCCUCCAACAGCGCUGGAGAGACCAGCUCGUCCACCAGGCUCACUGUGCUACGUGAGGACCAGCUGCCCCCCGGCUUCCCCACCAUAGACAUGGGCCCGCAGCUGAAGGUGGUGGAGCGGACGCGCACGGCCACCAUGCUGUGCGCGGCCAGCGGGAACCCCGACCCGGACAUCUCCUGGUUCAAGGACUUCCUGCCCGUCAACACCACCAACAACAACGGCCGCAUCAAACAGCUGCGAUCAGAAUCCUUUGGUGGUACACCAAUAAGAGGUGCGCUACAGAUCGAGCAGAGCGAAGAGUCGGACCAGGGCAAGUACGAGUGCGUCGCCACCAACAGCGGCGGAACUCGAUACUCCGCCCCCGCCAAUCUCUACGUCAGAGAGCUGCGAGAAGUCCGGCGAGUCCCGCCCAGAUUCUCCAUCCCUCCGACGGACAGCGAGAUCAUGCCGGGGGGGAGCGUGAACAUCACCUGCGUGGCGGUGGGCUCCCCCAUGCCCUACGUCAAGUGGAUGCUGGGGGCCGAGGACCUGACGCCCGAGGACGACAUGCCCAUCGGCCGGAACGUCCUGGAGCUCACCGACGUCCGCCAGUCCGCCAACUACACCUGCGUGGCCAUGUCCACCCUGGGCGUCAUCGAGGCCGUGGCCCAGAUCACGGUCAAAGCGUUGCCUAAGGCGCCCGGCGUUCCCGUGGUAACGGAGAGGACGGCCACGAGCAUCACGCUGACGUGGGACUCGGGGAACCCAGAGCCCGUGUCAUACUACAUCAUCCAGCACAAGUCCAAGGCGUCCGAGGACACGUACAAGGAGAUCGACGGCGUGGCCACCACGCGCUACAGCGUGGGCGGGCUCAGCCCCUACUCGGACUACGAGUUCCGGGUGGUGGCGGUGAACAACAUCGGGCGUGGCCCGGCCAGCGAGGCCAUCGAGGCGCGGACGGCGGAGCAGGCGCCCAGCACCGCCCCCCGCCAGGUCAGAGGUCGCAUGCUGAGCAGCACCACCGCCAUCACGCACUGGGACGAGCCCGAGGAGGCCAACGGCCAGAUCAUGGGCUACCGGGUCUACUACACCACCGAGCCCAACCAGCACGUCAACCUCUGGCACAAGCAGAUGGUGCGGGGGGCCAACUUCCUCACCAUCCAGGGCCUGACGCCCAACAAGACCUACUUCAUCAAGGUCCUCGCCUUCACUUCUGUGGGAGACGGGCCGCUGUCCCCCGACCUGCAGAUCAUUGCGAAGACAGGAGUUCCGUCCCAGCCAACCGACUUCAAAGGAGAAGCCAAAUCAGAAACAAGUAUACUGUUGUCAUGGGUACCGCCCCCUCAGAACGGUCAAGACAAUCAAAUUACUGGAUAUGAACUGGUGUACCGAAGAGGAGAUGAAAAGGAAGAGAAACGGGUCAGCUUCGAGCCCACGACCACCUUCCUGCUGAAGGACCUGAAGCCCUUCACCACCUACACCUUCAUGCUAGCGGCUCGCAGCAAACACGGGGUCGGGGCGUACACCAACGAGAUCUCCACCGAGACCCCCCAAACACAGCCCUCGGCUCCGCCCCAGGAUGUGAAAUGCUCUAGCGCCAGUUCCACCAGCAUCCUGGUAAGUUGGCGGCCUCCCCCGGCGGACUUACAGAACGGGAUUAUCGCCAAGUACUCGGUCCGGUACGCCGCCGCCGCCAUGGCGACGGCCGGCGAGAACGCGUCCUCCCCCGUCCGAGUCGCGGACCUCCCCCCCGAGAGCUUGCGCCACCUGCUGGAGAACCUGGAAAAGUGGACGGAGUACAGCGUGAGCGUGAGCGCUCACACGGAGGCGGGGCCCGGUCCCGCCAGCCUGCCGCUGCUCAUCCGCACCGAGGAGGACGUUCCCAGCGGCCCCCCUCGUAAAGUCGAGGUGGAGGCCGUCAACUCUACGUCAGUUAAAGUCACGUGGCACUCGCCGCCCCCAAACAAGCAGCACGGGCAGAUCAGGGGGUACCAGGUGCACUACGUCAGGAUGCUGAACGGGGAACCCACAGGACCGCCGCUCAUUAAGGACAUCCUGAUCGACGACGAGCAGUGGGAGUACGAUGAUUCAACUGAACAUGAGAUGGUCAUCUCUGGGCUCCAAGCGGACACCGCCUAUUCCGUCGCCGUGGGCGCGUACACCACCAAAGGGGACGGGGCGCGGAGCAAGCCCAAACUGGUCUCGACCACCGGCGCCGUCCCUGAAAAGCCCACCAUCAUGUUCAGCUCCACCAACAUGGGCACGUCCCACAUCCAGUGGUACCCCCCCGCCAACACCUUCGGCCCCCUGCUGGGGUACCGGCUGAGUUUCGGGCGCAAGGACGGGGACCCGCCGACGGUGGUGGAGCUCCCGGAGGGGGAGACGCACUACACCACCAAAGAGAUCCUCCGGGGGGCGCCGUACGUGCUGCGCCUGUCGGCCCGCAACCGGGCCGGCCUCGGGGAGGAGGCGGUGAAGGAGGUGUCUACCCCGGAGGACGUGCCCGGCGGGUACCCCCAAAACGUGGCGGCCUCGGCCCCCACCGCCAGCACGGCCCGGAUCUCCUGGGAGCCGCCGCCGCUCGCCGAACGGAACGGCGCCGUCGUCAAGUACGGCCUGCAGUACCGGGACCCCGAGGGCCCUGCGGGGCCCGCCGAACUCCUGAUCUCCACCCCCGAGUCCUCCGUCACCCUCGACGGCCUCAAACCCGACACCGCUUACGAUGUUAAAAUGUGCGCGUUCACCAGCAAGGGCCCCGGCCCCUAUAGCCCCACUGUGCAGUUCAGGACCCUGCCUCUGGACCAAGCAGUGUUUGCAAAAAAUUUUCGCGUGAAAGCAGCGAUGAAGACAUCGGUCCUCCUGACGUGGGAGACGCGCGAAAACUACAACCCAUCCCAGCCUUUCACGAUUCUCUAUGACAACGGGCAGAGCGUGGAGGUGGACGGGAAGCUCACGCAGAAGCUGAUCACCAACCUGCAGCCGGAGACGCAGUACUCCUUCCUCCUGACCAACCGCGGGAACAGCGCGGGGGGGCUCCAGCACCGCGUGACCACCAUGACGGCGCCGGACGUCCUGCGCACCAAGCCCUACCUGAUCAGCAAGACCAAGUCCGACGGCAUGGUGACCGUGGAGCUGCCCGCCGUGAAGACCACGGAGAGAGUCAGGGGUUACUACGUCGUGGUGGUGCCGCUGAAGAAACAACGCAAUGGAAAGUUCCUGAAGCUGUGGGACAGCCCCGACGACAUGAACCUGGAGGAGUUGCUGAAGGAGAUCAACAGGACGAGCCGUGGCCUGCGGUUGCGGCGGCAGGCGGAGCCCAGGGCCUACAUCACGGCCUACUUCAGAGACCUCCCCGGCGAGUUCACCCUGGGCGACGGGAAGCUCUACGGCGACUUCGAGAACAGGCCCCUGCAGAACGGGCAGGAGUACGUCUUCUUCGUCCUGGCCGUGCUGGAGAUCUCCGAAAACACCAUGUACGCCACCAGCCCCUACUCCGACCCCGUGGUCUCCGCCCACAUCGACCCGCAGCCAAUCGUGGACGAGGAGGAGGGGCUUAUGUGGGUGGUGGGGCCAGUGCUUGCUGUGAUCUUCAUCAUUUGCAUAGUCAUCGCCAUCCUCCUGUUCAAGAGCAAACCAGACAGGAAAAGAGCAGAGUCUGAAGCCAGAAAGGGGAGCCUUCCCAACAACAAGGAGCUGCUAUCCCAUCAUCCCACUGACCCCGUGGAGCUGCGACGACUCAACUUCCAAACGCCUGGUACAGGUGUCUCCGGUUACCCCGGUAACCUCCAUACGCCAAGUAUGGUCAGCCACCCACCAAUCCCCAUCACGGAGCUCACAGACCAUUUGGAACGGCUGAAAGCGAAUGACAACUUGAAGUUUUCUCAAGAGUACGAGUCCAUCGACCCGGGACAGCAGUUUACAUGGGAGAACUCCAACCUGGAAGUGAACAAGCCAAAGAACAGAUACGCCAACGUCAUCGCGUACGACCACUCCCGAGUGCUGCUGUCGGCCAUCGAUGGCAUCCCGGGUAGCGACUACAUCAACGCCAACUACGUCGACGGGUACAGGAAGCAGAACGCCUACAUCGCCACCCAGGGCUCCCUGCCCGAGAGCUUCGGCGACUUCUGGAGGAUGAUCUGGGAGCAGCACACCGCCAACAUCGUCAUGAUGACCAAGCUGGAGGAAAGAUCGAGGGUUAAAUGUGACCAGUACUGGCCCACGAGAGGGACAGAGACGUACGGUCUGAUCCAGGUCACGUUGCUUGACACGGUGGAGCUAGCGACGUACUGCGUGAGGACUUUCGCUCUUUACAAGAACGGAUCGAGUGAAAAGAGGGAGGUCAGGCAGUUCCAGUUCACUGCCUGGCCGGACCACGGGGUCCCCGAGCACCCCACCCCUUUCCUGGCCUUCCUCCGGCGGGUCAAGGCCUGUAACCCCCCAGACGCUGGGCCCAUGGUGGUGCACUGCAGCGCGGGCGUGGGCCGGACCGGCUGCUUCAUCGUGAUCGACGCCAUGCUGGAGCGCAUCAAGCACGAGAAGACGGUGGACAUCUACGGCCACGUGACGCUGAUGCGCUCGCAGCGCAACUACAUGGUGCAGACGGAGGACCAGUACAUCUUCAUCCACGACGCGCUGCUGGAGGCCGUCGCCUGCGGCAACACCGAGGUGCCCGCCCGCAACCUGUACGCCUACAUCCAGAAGCUCACGCACGUGGAGCACGGCGAGAACGUCACCGGGAUGGAGCUCGAGUUCAAGCGUUUGGCCAACACAAAGGCCCACACGUCUCGGUUCAUCAGUGCCAAUCUUCCCUGCAACAAGUUCAAGAACCGCCUUGUAAAUAUAAUGCCAUACGAGUCCACCAGGGUGUGUCUCCAGCCAAUCAGAGGAGUGGAAGGCUCUGAUUACAUCAACGCCAGCUUCAUCGAUGGCUACAGGCAGCAGAAGGCCUACAUCUCCACGCAGGGCCCGCUGGCGGAGACGACGGAGGACUUCUGGAGGAUGCUGUGGGAGCACAACUCCACCAUCGUGGUGAUGCUGACCAAGCUGCGCGAGAUGGGGAGGGAGAAAUGUCACCAGUACUGGCCCGCGGAGAGGUCUGCUCGGUACCAGUAUUUUGUGGUGGACCCCAUGGCGGAGUACAACAUGCCCCAGUACAUCCUGAGGGAGUUCAAAGUGACGGACGCCAGGGACGGCCAGUCGAGGACGGUGCGGCAGUUUCAGUUCACCGAUUGGCCGGAGCAAGGAGUGCCGAAGUCCGGCGAGGGUUUCAUCGACUUCAUCGGCCAGGUGCACAAAACGAAAGAGCAGUUCGGCCAGGACGGGCCCAUCUUCCGUGCACUGCAGUGCGGGGGUGGGGCGGACCGGCGUCUUCAUCACCCUCAGCAUCGUCCUGGAGAGAAUGAGGUACGAGGGCGUGGUGGACAUUUUCCAGACCGUCAAGAUGCUGAGGACACAGAGGCCGGCCAUGGUGCAGACGGAGGAUCAGUACCAGUUUUGCUACCGGGCUGGUCUGGAGUACCUGGGCAGUUUUGAUCACUAUGCAACAUAAAACAUUCUGUCCUUGGAGUGGAGGCAGCAGGGCCAUGAAAUCACAGAGCCUCUUCUGAGCCAUAGUCACCUGCUUGAGGAAUACUUCUUAACGUCAAGCUAUAAACCAGAUAAGUGUCGGAUGUGAAACACAAAAAAAAAACAAACAAAACAAAACAAAAAGUAAAACGAUUAAAUAUCCCAGGUGGACCAAGUACUGACUACAGUGGAUAAACCACUCUGACUUUAACAGAGGAGUCCUGACUGGUAAGGCAUCCUAAGGACAUCGUUACAGUUUUUUAGUUUUUUUUGUUUGUUUUGUUUUUUUUUCUUUUUCUCUCGGUUGCCUCCUGGAUUCACCUGGUUUUCAAAUGGAAAGGAAGGUUUUACUAAAAUGGAGUCAUGGACAGCCAGCCACCACAUCAACAGUACGAGCCAGAGCCAGAGUUCUGACAGCUAAAUGACUGGCACAAAUACUCAGUACUCUGUGUAAAGGAAGUCUGACCGUUUCGCAGUCAAGUACACCACAUCUUUUUUUUUUCUUUUUUUUUUUGAAGAACACCAGGUUUGGGAAGUGCUGACAAAACUGAACUUCAUGGAAGUAACCACCCCCAUCCCACCCCCCCGCCCCCCACCCCCAUGGUCCAUUAACAAUGAGGGGAAAAAAUAGGAAAUGUUUAACAUACAUGAAAAGUCAAAUUUACUGAUUUAGUUUUCUAGUACUUUACUAUACAGCUAACCUGUGCUUUGUUUUUAACCAUGUAAACGUAUUUCCUUUUUUUAAACAAACUUUUAUCAUUUGAUGAGGUGAAUUAAGCAAAACAUUUGAUGAAUUUUGGUUUUAUUUUCUCCUGACGAGGUUUUUUUAAGCUGUAGAACUGUUCUGAUAUAUGUACCACCAUGCAGAGGAAAUCAACAUUUUUCAUGUAGCUCUCCUCCAUUUGUUUUUAAUUUUCUUCCUAUUUUUGUUCAUUUGUUGAGCGUUUUCUUGUACAGUCCUCUAUGUUCAAUACCAAAUUUAAACAUUUUUACAGGGUUAUUGUUUGUUUUUUUAUUUUUUUUUAAAACACUAAUUAUGAAUGCCCAUCAUGACUAUGAGAUUAACUUGGGCCUUGUGGAAUCAACAGGGAUGAGCAAAGUAUAAAGUUGCUGCUACUGGUUAUCUUAGUUCUUCCAUGUUAUGACCACCUACAGCUUGCCAAAAUAACCUCUGGAAAAGAAUUCCCCCGUAUAUAUAGUAAAAAUAUAUAAAUAUAAUAUAUAUAUAUAAGUGAAUCUAUACAUAGAGAGAUGAUUAUUUAUAUUUUCAAAUAGCUUCCACAAAGAAAUUUCUGUAUUUUAGGGGGGAAAUUGAGAUCUUUGUCACUGGAAUGCACAUCGAUGGGGCGAAAUCUAUUCUGACACAGUGCAUCACUUCUUGUGCAAUAAAUAGGUGUGUUAUGGGUAGUGCUGACGUCGUUGUUCGUCGUGAUUCACCGCACAGUGAUUCUGUGAGUGGUUAAGGGGACUGCGAUGACUGUACGGCCGAGCGUUCAUCGAUGCCCGUCCUCUUGAAAGCGAGGCGUCGAUUCUGCGGGCGACUGCGUUUGCCUGGUCGAAAAAAAGCCGAUCUUGGGGUUCAUCCUCCAUAGUCAGUACGGCACGCCAGAGGGGUCACCGUCCUAGGGGUCCGAUACGUUCAACAGCAUAAAAUUGUUUUUGAUUUUACAUUUAGAGUGCCUUAUAACGUAUGCCUGUUUUUUAUAUAUAACGUUCCUUUAAAGGUUUUAUGUAUUAUAUGUGUAUAUUUCUUUUUACCUGAAGUAUUCAUUUUUAGUACGUUAUUUGAAAUUAUAUAUGCAAGUAAGCCUGGCGAAAUGGUCCUGUGUUGAUUUUCUGUUCUCUCUGGGAAAUUGAAAGGCCAGUUGUCGACAGUCGUAGAAACAACAGGCGAACAAGAGCCUGUGAAGGACAUCGAUCCCUGUAAUUAAAUCCCCUAAGCCUAGUCAUAGUUUUGGGUUUUCAUGUUUAAGCGUCUUAAUGCUUUAACGUUAUAGUAUUUUUUAACUAGCACUUUUGAAACUGCAGGCAUAGUCGAGAUAAAAUGAUACCACAGAAUGUUAUUCUGUCACAUUGCCACAGGUGUUGGGUUGAGUACAGGUGGGGAUAAAACGAUACCACAGAAUGUUAUUCUGUCACGUUGGCGCAGGUGUUGGGUUGAGUACAGGUGGGGAUGAAAGGAAUGUCAGGUAAAAGGGUAGUGCAAGUGGGUGCUUACAGGACGAGGGUUUGCACCAGCAUAAAGAUUUUUUUUUUUUUAAACGCACCUUGGGCAGUUUGAAGACCAAACUUUGGCUGUAAACGCACUUUCUCCUUGCGUCUGUGAGCUGACGGCGGCCGGGAGAGACGGCCGAGGUGCGCUGCAGUCGUUGCGAAAAGGAAAAAAAAAAAAAAAAAAACGCCGUUCGAGUGUCCUCUGGACAAUGGCGGGAAGCAGUUGAUUAACCGCGGGACCCAGGUCUGCUCUCGACAAACCCCCCCCCCCCUCCCGACAAUCAAAAUGGCUCCCUCUUCAAGCAGAGUCCUGCUUUUCAAUCUGGUUCUUUUUUUUUUCUUCUUCUUCAUAUGGAUGCAUCGAGCCUGAGCUUCUCUGAUUCUACCCUAAGUCCUCCCUCGGAGGACAUCGUGGAUGUGCAUUCCAGUUCCCCUUCCCCUUUUCCCUAGCAACGCAAACAUCACAACCGCUCAGUCCACCGCAAAAGGCAUUUUUCUUUUUUUUUUUUUUAAAAAAAAGCUACUUUUUUUCUUUCUUUCCUUUGUGUCAUGAGUGCAACCAGUAAGGUGCUAUUAUUUUAGUGUCAUUCGGGUGCAGGUGUCAUACGUCGGUCUUGUGCUUUAUUUCUCUUCAGCAAACGGUCAUCGUGCCUCUGUGUUUCCCCUCCAUUUUGUUUUAUAUGCAUGUGUACGACAUCUCAGAUGGCCAGACGGAGGCCUCCUAGGAAGAAUUGCACUUUCUAUAUCUUUGUACUAUGCACUGCCCUAUUGAUUCUAAACCCAAUAACGUUACUUGAACCCAUCUGUAAGAAUUUAAGAAUUUUCACUUUGUGUGUAUGUAAAUAACACGGAAAAAGUAUGACUUUAAAAAGUAAAAAGUAAAAAAAAAAAAAAAGGGAAAAUAAAAAGUUUGUGUCUGAAAACGAGCAUCUCUUCUGGUGGCACGAUAACUCGGACGACGAGAUCCUGUCAUGGCCAUCUUUGACCAUCUUGUUUUUUUUCACGUGGCUUUGCCGUUCGAGUUUGGAGUGUCAUCGCAAAACGUUGACGUCGUGUUCUCUGCUCUCUCUCUCUCUCUCUUCACCCUCUCAUCUGGAUGCAUCGAACGAAAGUAAUAAAUUGUAAAAAAAUUAAUAAAUUUAAAAAAAAUAAAAGGCUUGUUAAAAGAAUCGAUUACCUCUGAUCAGUAGUUAACGUAAAAUGUUUUUUUUUUUGGUUUUUUUUUUGUUCCCCCCCCCCCCCCCAGAAUGAAAGGAGUGCAUUUUAUUUUCUUACUUAGGUUACAUUGGUGGCAAGAGAAGUCUGUAUAAAAAUCAGUUCUUUGCUGACACAAGUUCCAUUUGUUACAAAUGAAUUCUAAUAAAAAAUGUCAGUGUUA